AUGGCAGCUCAGUUAUAUAAAACAGAAACGGGACGCCUUUUUCAUGCAGGUGCCAUUUGUGUCGUUACCGUUGGUUUACCUGCUUGUGGAAAAACUCAUUGUUCAAGGAUCUUAUCAAGAUAUAUGCGGUGGCUUGGUGUGGCAACAAAAGUAUUUAGUGUUGGUGAUUAUAGACGGAAAAAACUUGGAUCUUUACCAGCUGAUUGGUUUGAUCAAGGAAAUCAAGUGAAUGCAAAAAUACGUGCUGAUUUGGCUGAGCAAUGUUUAGACGAUGCAAUUCAUUGGCUCCUUGAUGAAAACGGGCAACUAGCGAUACUUGACUCCAAUAACGUUACAGCAGCACGACGAAAAGCGAUUAAUGACAAGCUAUUGGCCAAUCAUAUUCAACCUCUCUUUAUUGAAUUUAUCUGUACUGAUACUGAUCUAGUUUUAUCCAAUAUUAUUUCAGUUAAACUCUCAUCUCCGGAUUAUAUUGGUUGGGACGUUGAAAAGGCGGUACAAGACUAUAAGCAAAGGAUAGAAAGAAACAAAGCCAAGUAUGAAACAAUAUGUGACAUGAAGACUAGUUUUAUUAAGAUGAUUGACGCCGGACGUACAUUCAAUAUCAACAAGGUGGAAGGUUAUCUACAAUCAAAAAUCGUCUAUUUUUUACUUAACAUUCAUAUUCAAGAACGAACUAUUUACUUGGCUCGAGCGGGAAAUUCAAAGGCGGAUCAUUCUUACAAAAUUGACGCACCAUUAUCCAAUGAAGGACAUAUCUAUGCUCAACAAUUAGCUCACUUUAUUGCAAAGUAUAGAUCAACAAAACUCACUACAAAUGGAAUACCUGAAAGUGAAGCUAGACCUUUAUCAGUAUGGACAUCAACAAGGCGAAAAGGCGUACAGACAGCAUUACCAUUUUCCAAUUAUGGUGCUCGGAUACAUACAUUGGUGGCAUUAACUCAAUUGAAUCCUGGUGAAGUGGAUGAUCUGACAGAACAAGAAAUCGAAGCCAAGUUCCCUGAUGAAUUAGUCAGAGCAAAGCAAGAUCCUUAUCAUCAUCGAUAUCCACGAGGGUAA